AUCCUAACUUGAUAUGUAGUAAAAAGAAACAAUUACUAUAAAAAAUUCCAAAAUACUGAGCUCUUAACCCAUGGGUUUCAUUCUCAAACUCUUUGCUCUUAUAAUCUCAUCCUCGUUAGUUCAUUCCCGAGAAACUGUUAAAAUUUGGAAAACUGUUAAGUUAAAUGAGAAGAUGAUAUAUGACUGUGUGGAUAUUUACAAACAACCUUCGUUAAAUCAUCCACUACUACAAAAUCACAAAAUUCAGAUGGAACCAUCUUUUCCAAUAUCUAAAUCAAAAUAUCAAGUUGAGAGAACAAUCUCUAAGGAAAUAAUCGACUGUCCAAACGGAACAGUUCCUAUAUUAAGGAACACAAAAGAAUAUGUUACAAAUGGUCAACAUUUUGUUGGAAAACAUUUCAAUCCGUUUACAGUGGAAAGCCAUGGGACACAUUUUGCUGGAGUUAGACUUCAAGGUCACCGUCCUUUUCAUGGUAUGGCAUCGUGGAUAAGUGUACAUGACUUAAACAUUAGUCAGGACCAAGCUUCAUAUGCUCACUUAUAUGUUGGCAGUCGUGUAAACAACAAAGAUAAUUUUAUUCCAACCGGUUGGAUGAUAAACCCAAAUUUAUUCGGUGAUAGACGCCCAUGGGGUUAUGCAUUUUGGAAGGGCGCCAAUGGAACAGGGUGUUACAAUACAAUGUGUUCCGGUUUUAUUCAAGUGUCAAAAACAGAUCCUCUAACUGGCCCAUUCCCUGAAGCUCCUGAAGGUAAAAGAAACAUUGGUUCUUCUAUUCAAAAGGAUAAAAUACAUGGAAAUUGGUGGAUAACAGAUAUAAGAUACAAAAAAGAUGAUGAACCUGUUGGUUAUUGGCCAAAAGAACUAUUUGAUCUAAUACCUAAUGGUGUGAAUAUGGUUGGAGUUGGAGGAGCCGUCGAAAGUUCUCCUUCUUCCGGCAUAAGCCCACCAAUGGGUAAUGGUCAUCUACCAGCAAAAGACGAUAAAGACGAUAUGGUUUCAGCUCGUGUUCAAGACAUUCUAGUCUUGGAUUCUAGUAAAAAGUUCAGAGGGAUUGAUUAUUCUAAAUUGGAGAUUAUGUUAGACAGUGAAAAAUGUUAUGGAUUGAGAAGGGGGAAAAAACAUUUAUUUACUUUUGGUGGACCGGGAGGAAAUUCUUGUGGAAUAUAACAUUACAAAAAUGAAAUUCUAUGUUUGGUUUAUAAUAACUAAAACAAGUAUAAGAUUAAUAAAGUGAGCAUAAUAGAUAAUUCUAUGUCA